AUGACGACCACCACCCCCGCGCUGCUCCUCCCCCCCAACGCUGCCCCUCCCUGCGCCAGCCUCCAGCAACACCAGCCCCCCCCUCCCACCAGCACCAGCCAGCCCUUCCUUCCGGCGACUGGCUCGCCCAGUCUCCAUAAUACCCAGCCCUUCCUGCCUGCCCCCAGCAACAACAGCCCCGGAGACUAUCCCCAGGCAAGGACCAUGAUGAUGUCGCAGGCCACCUCUCAUCACUUUGAUCACCAUCUCCCCCAGCAACAUCCCCCCCAGAACCACCAUCGCCAUGUCAGCAACGCCAGCAGCAUCAGCUCGCUCGCCUCCAGCCACUCCCACUACGACCCCGCCCAAUACCCCCAGAGCUACGCCGUGCCGGUCUCCUACACCGGCAGCGUCUCCGCCGACGCGGCCUUUGGUGGCGUCCCCGGCAACUCGCCCGAAGGCAUCGGAGCGGGCUCAAAUGUCACCGGGGGCCGGAAAGCCUCCCAGAUCCAGAUGAUGCGACGCGCCCGCGCACAAGCGAGGCCCUACGGCCUCCGCACCGACCAGGUCCCCUGGAACCCCAACGAUCCCUCCACAAAUCCCGGCGCAUCCAACAACCUCAUGCGCAGCCACAGCGUCGCCAGCGAUGCGCCCUCGAACACCGAGGAAGAGCUCGCCCAGCUCCUCCGCUCCCAAUCCCCCAACGUACAUGGCCACUCGAGCUCGUACGGCACCACCACCCUCCCGAUGAACGGCACCAGCUCGAACGGGCUGGGUGUCAUGACGGGUGCCAACGGAAUGGCUAACACUUCCAUGGUCGGAGGUAUGGGCGCACGGAUGGGCCGGAUGACGCUGGACAGCACGGAGACCUACGAGGCCUUGGCCCACCACAUUCGCACCGCUGUCACUACUUCUGCCUCCGACAGAGCCCGCCAGGCGUUUGUCCAAGCAUGCUUUGGAAAAUCUGUCCGACAGAGCUUUCCCAACAUCAAAACCCGGCGGCUGGGAGUCCGAGGCAACUCGAAAUACCACUACUGUGGAAUCCGUCCCGCCACGGCCAAAGAAGCUGAAAUCUUGAUGAACCUCAGCCAAAGCGAGAAGCCCGAGCCAUCCCACAACGGCAACACGCCCUCUUCGGCGGACGACGACGUGGACUCGGACGACAGCCCGAGCCGGCGGGUGAGCAUGCAACCCAGCAGCCUGUCGGUCGACGACAGCUACCAAGGCAUGAUGUCGCUUGAUGCCGAUGGCCAACAGCCCCAAACCCCGCGCACUGCUCGCCCAAGCAUGUCCUCAUUGGCAAGCUCCCAGCCGCUCUCCCAUGCCACUUCGGACUCGAACGGAUCCGACUUCCGGGCCCCCAUGGCUCUGCCUAGCCUCGACGAGGUCCUCAACCAACCUUUGGCUCACGACCUCGACCAUCAAAAAGCCAGAGAAUUCUGGAGCAUGUAUGUCGAUCAUUCUAAAACCCUUCUGGAUUCCGUCAAAAGUUACCGCUUCGAUCAGUUCGAACUCGCCCUGCGCACAUUUUGGACCAGUAUGGAUUCUUCCAGUCGGGAAUGCAUCACCCAUUCCUUGAUGAUGAGCCUGAUCUACCGUGCGGAUGCCGUGGUCUAUGAUGAAAUCUUGGACUAUCUGCAUUCCCAAACGUUGAACCAGAUGCCUCAACAAGCCUUCGGCUCGCUCCGUCAGCUUGCCCAGAACAUGGAACAGGUGAUCAUAGCCGCCCUGGAAAACUUCCCCAGCACGUUUGUGGGUCCGAAGAUUGAGCUGGCCGCCCGCUUCGGCCAUCUGGUCGUGCGAAACCUGGGAAUCUGCCAACUGGCCCAAGCGCUAUCGGGCAUCUUCAGCAACCCGGCCAAUCUGAAAGACAUGGCGGAGGCGUGGGACGGGAUCGACUUCGAGGCGGUGCGCAACCAAGCCGCGCUGGUGACGAACUGCCAGCACGAGAUCCUCGGCGGCUGCUUCGACGAGUUCCGGGCGAUCCUGAACAACCCGAACGUGACGAUCGACCACUUCAUCUCGUUUGUCGAAGCCACCUACAAGCGCUGUCUGCAGCCGAGCGCCGAUGGCGAGCGCGCCCUCAGCCCGCGCUCGCUGCUCGUCCGCUGGUGCUUUGUGAGCUCGCAGCUGAUCCGCGACCUGACGCUGCGCUCGGCCUCGAGCUUCGGCUCGUUCCAGAUCGUCAACCUCUUCUUCGACGAGUGGCUAGGCUUCAAGGUGCUCCGCAAGGUAGCCCUGCAUGUUGCGGCGGUAGCCGCGUCCGUGGACACCACCGGCCAACAACAGCAGUCGCUCGGCCCGGAGUCGGCGAUGUACUCGGCCGACGGCUCGCACCACCAAGCGAGCUUCCAGGGCUUCGCCGCCCCCGCCAACGAGCUCUUGGGCGCCGGGCUGGCCGCCUCGGCCGGCGAGCACGACGUGGCCCAUCCGGGCACCGACGGCUUCCUGUUCUCGCCCAACACCUCGCAAGCCUUCGCGAUCGCCCAGCAACAAGCCCAGGGCCGCGCCGGCUGUCUGGCCUCCCCCGACCCGAACGGCGGCGACCAGACGGCGAUCUUCGCGCCUUCCCAGGUGGGCGCCAGUGCGCUCUACGCCUCCGCCGGGGACUCGCUGGGCGGCCUGCAUCACGACGACGCCCGCGCCGCCGACGACCGCGCCUCCAGGGCCGCCUCUCAUCCCGCGCCCUCCGCUUCCACCCCCGUCGACCAUAAUGCCACAGCUUCCUCCUUCGACGACUCCACGUUCAAGGAGCUCAUGGACGUCAGCGGCUUCUCGAUCACCAUCAAGAACCCCUCCGCCGACGCCUCCCAGCCCCCAGGCCCCGCCAACGACGCCUCCGAGUCGCUCUCCCAGCCCGGGGCCGACUGA